AUCAGAGUUGGAGGAUUUUUUAGAACGCAGCGAAUCACGUUUGAAAGAGCGACAAUUUAAACCAAGGCAGAAGCUCGAGCAGGACCGAGCUGUUUAAGCUAGUGUGUGCUGUGGGUUGUGAAGUGAAACGAGUUCAGAAAUGGCGCUGCGUAUCACAAGGAGCACUCGCCUGCCCAGCAGUGAGAACCAGAACCCCGUGUCUGGGAAAGCGGUGACCGGGAACAAGCCCGUGCUGAGGCCGAGGGCCGCGCUGGGGGAAAUCGGUAACGCGGUUUUGCCUCGACAGCCUCUGAGGAAAAAGCAGGAUGUGAAGGUUGCACCACCUGUGGUGGUUGAAGAGAAGGUCCCUGAGCCAGUUCAACAGCCAAAACAGGAGCUGAAACAGGAGCCAAAGCAGUUGCCCAAAGUGGAAGAUGAGAUAUCUUCUGAGCCGUCCUCUCCUGUGCCCAUGGAAACAUCCGGCUGUGCCCCAGAUGAGCUGUGCCAGGCUUUCUCUGACGUGCUUCUCAAUAUCAAAGAUGUUGAUGCUGAUGACUAUGACAAUCCCAUGCUCUGCAGUGAAUAUGUGAAGGACAUCUACAAAUACCUCCGGCAACUUGAGGCUGAUCAGGCUGUCAGACCAAGGUAUCUGGAAGGAGGAGAGGUCACUGGGAACAUGCGCGCCAUCCUUAUUGACUGGCUCGUCCAGGUCCAAAUCAAGUUUCGGCUGUUGCAGGAGACCAUGUACAUGACUCUUGCAAUCAUUGACCGCUUUCUUCAGGAUCAUCCUGUUCCGAAAAAGCAACUCCAGCUGGUUGGUGUAACCGCUAUGUUCAUUGCUUCCAAAUAUGAGGAAAUGUACCCACCCGAGAUUGCAGACUUUGCCUUUGUGACGGACCGCGCUUACUCCACCGCGCAGAUCCGGGAGAUGGAGAUGAGCAUCCUGAGAGUCCUGAACUUCAACUUUGGCAGACCUCUGCCACUCCAGUUCCUCCGCAGGGCCUCAAAAAUUGGGGAGGUUACAGCAGAGCAGCACACUUUGGCGAAGUACUUUGUGGAGCUUACCAUGGUGGACUAUGAGAUGGUGCACUUUGCGCCCUCUCAGGUUGCCAGUGCUGCCUUCGCCCUCAUGCUGAAAGUUUUCAACUGUGAAUGGACCCCAACAUUGGAGUAUUACAUGGGCUACGCUGAGGACAGCCUGAUCCCUGUAAUGCAACACAUUGCCAAGAAUGUGGUCAAAGUCAAUGAAGGACUCUCGAAGCACCUGGCGGUUAAGAACAAGUACUCCAGUCAGAAGCAAAUGAGGAUUGCAACCAUCUCUCAGCUUAAGUCGUCUAUGAUCAAGGACCUGGCCAAGCAAGUCUCCUAGUGGGAUUGGAAUAGACUCUAGCACUAUGUGCUGACUUUGUAAAAAUUGUAACUUAACUGCAUGCUUUUACCUGACAUUUUAAUUGUGCUGAGUUUAUGGAAAGUGACUUAAGGUUGUGCAUUUAGCCAGGAUGCUUUAUUCAACACUGCCAAUGUCCUUGGUAAAUGUAACCUGUUCAAGAGUGCAAUCUUGUACUUAAAACUUUUACAAUAAAUCUUUUAACUGUU